CAUCAAUGCCUUCCGUGUGCUCUCUGCGAUUCCCACCCUGGAACAUGUCAGCGCGCGACUUGACCAAGGCAGCGACUCGAAGACCUUCGCCGCCCCACGAAUGGCUGGACCAUUAUUCCCCUCACUCAAGUCGUUGCACCUAUCCACGCGUCGGAUCAAUGACCUCACUCUCGCGGCUAUCAAGUCGAUUUCCUCGACCGACCUGCAUCGCUUGGAGCUCACGGUCAAAGCUCGAGCUGAAAGUCACUUGAGCGAGGAAUUCCUUCUCGCUCAUAUGACUGCUCUGAGCCAAGCUCCGUUCAGAAAUUCUCUGCGAGAAGUCAAGCUCUACCUCCAUCACGAGGAACAGGUGGACCUGCAAUAUUCUAUCGGCUCGCAGAUCCUUCAGCCGGUCCUGGGAUUUGGAGGAACGGGCUGCGCCUGUCGAGAGCAUUGCAUUAUUUGCGAAGCAUUGUCGUCGGCUCACCAGUCUCACGAUACCCAUGAGAAUCGACCGCGACAAUGCCUCCGCCCCCCGUGGAAGAUGCGUCGGAGACGAUCAAACAUGGCGACAUAUUUCUGAGGUUUGAUGUUGAUCCAGAGAUCGCUAUUGACGCCAUUGUAGCCAAUUUGGAGUAUACGAGCGAGUUACUUCCUGAGCGGGAUAGCGACUAUACAUCUACUCUGGCCUCUCAUAGAGCCUUCUCGUCUCCUGAACUGCAGGGCAUUCUCUCCUCUUUGACAGAAUCGUAGCCAUCGUGUACUAGUACCUCAUGAUCAAGCAAGGUGCAUAUCCGCGCAAUGGAGAAUCGAUAAGCUUCAAGCUUCACGGAGCUCGCUGCA